AUGUUUUCAAAACGAUUAUUCGACACAGAUGAUGAAUUUGAUGCAUUCCCAGCCUCUGUAUCUACUCUGAGUUUUGAUUCUACUCCAGUAAAAGCUGAUAACCUUAUGUCUGUAAUGACUCCAAACAUCAAAAGAAGUCUGUUUCCUGAUGAUGACGAGGAUUCCGGUCUCGGUAUGGAGGAUCAUGUUACAUGUACACCAAGUUUGCAGAAAUCCGCCAAGAGACAGCGAGAAGACGACGACAAAUAUAGAUGUUCAAAACGACCAAAAGUUUGUACCGAUAUAAAGGCUGUGGUAACCAAACUUGAAGAGAACGAUGACUUCAUAGCCGAUGGUAGCAGAUUACACACUUUACCAACUGUCGCUGGAAAGCAUUCUGAUUUGAAAAGCAUCACUCCGCAGACACUUGCUGGUGUUGUUAAUGGAGACUACGAUGACGUAAUCAGUGACUACAAGAUCAUCGACUGCCGAUACCCUUAUGAAUUUGAAGGCGGACAUGUCAGAGGAGCAGAGAAUAUGUAUUUGCACGAGACCAUUUUGACUUUGCUUCGGCAACCGACUAAAGAUAAACAGAUUGUCAUCUUCCACUGUGAGUUUUCGUCCGAAAGAGGUCCUAAAAUGUUACGAUUUCUCAGAAGCAAAGACCGAGAACUCAACAAAGAAAACUAUCCAUCGCUGAAUUUUCCAGAAAUUUAUUUACUAGAUAAUGGUUACAAGGCAUUCUUCAAUGAACAACCAGUUCUAUGUGAUCCAGUGAGCUAUCGACCAAUGCUUCAUUCCGACCACUCAGAAGAUUUGCGACAUUUCCGAGUCAAGUCGAAGUCGUGGACAGCUGGAGAAAAACGCAGAUAUGCAAGAAAAGCGAUGAGAUUUUAG